AUGAGGCUUCCGCCGCCCGAGGUGAUGGCCACAUGGCCAAAGCCUAACUAUGUCAAUCCCGAGACUCGCGGAUCUACUCUCAUUGUUGUCGAGAUUUUGACUCUGUUCCUUGCCGUGACAUGCGUCGCCCUGCGUCUCUACGUCCGCAUCGUAAUGAUGCGCAAGACUGACUGGGAUGACUGGCUCAUGGUCGGUGCUUCUAUCUUUGGCGCCGGAAUUACUGCAUGUGUGAUUUUAGCAGUCACCCGCUACGGUUGGAACAUACAUGUCUGGGAUCUGACGCCGAUGAAGAUGGUCUCAGGAAGGCAAGUCUCGCUAGCAGCUCAGGCCAUCUUUGUUGGCGCGACAUGUCUCGCAAAGACUUCCAUCCUGCUCAGUUAUCUGCGGCUAGCACCGGCGAAGUCGCUGUUUCGGCGGCUGACCAUUGCCACGAUCUGGUUCGUUAUCCUGAACAACAUAGCCUUUUUCGUCGUCCUCUUUACUCAGUGCAUUCCCCUUUCAAGCUACUGGAACCUGGGGCCAAACCACGCCGAUGAUUGCCUGAGCGAAGGGUCCGCUCUCAUCGCUCACGCAUCCUUCACAGUCGCUUCAGACCUCCUAGUUUGGGUCCUGCCACUGCCAGCCCUCUACCAAGCCAAGCUGCCCUUCUCCCAGCGCAUCGCGCUCAUUGUCCUCUUCAGCUUCGGCCUGGUUGUCGUCGUGGCAGCCUGCUUGCGCACCUACUGGAUCCAUCACGUCGUCAACGAGACAUAUGACGUGACUUGGGAGGGCUUCCAGCUGUGGAUGUGGACCGCCAUCGAGGUGCACCUGGGUAUCAUCUGCGGUUGUGUACCCUGGCUCAAGUCGCUCUUCCGGUUCUGGCGGGCGAAGAAGACCGGCACUAGCGUGUCUGCGAUGUCGGGCGCGAUGUCAGGGGCCAGCGCUGGAGGUACGGGACGGCGGACGAGGUCUAAGUCGGACAUUCGUCCCGUUGGUAGUGCUACGGUUUGUGUGGAGGGAGCUGUGUUUAAGAUGGAUACUUUGGGAAAGCCGCCAGUGAAUAAGGAGGCCUAUUUGGAUCUGGAAAGCUGUGCCGCAUCGCACACGACGAGGGAUGAGAGCAAUCCGGGUUAA